UCCUGCCCUGCCAUCAUCUCUAUUUUUUUGUGUCUCUUUUACUCUCGUCAGCUAGAUCACACUAGACCUGCUACGAUAUCAUGGUUCAUGUCAUGUCUUGCACCCGCCGGCGUCAUAUCCCGUUUACCUGCCUUUCUUCAUUGUUUUAUGGGUUCUUUAGUUUCCAAAGUUCUGCUGCUGUCAUCAAAGAGCUACGUGUGUGGCCAUAACAUAGUAGUAGCUCUUUUCUUGCCAAAGAAAAUAUCUUCCGAGGUCAACACGAAGCAAGAGCAUGACUGUGUCGAGCUAGCUAUGGCUAGCUUUUCGUUCUUUCCCCUCAGACGAAUGAACGCAUCCCACGACCAUUUACGCAAUUCUGUGACUUUUCGCCUCACCCUCCUGUGAAGCUACGCUAGAGGGACAUCAUAGAUCACAAAAUCCCCGCCUUGCCCGUUUGGUAGCCAUGUCACUCUAGCAAAAUGUUGUGGUCGACGCCUCUCUCCAUUGUGACACGCUCGCAUACCUACCUAUAUAUACCUAUCUCCUUAAUACCAUUCAUGAUGUC